CUGUGAACUGAUUAUGGGAUGCAUUCAAUUGUAAUCUGAUGCAUGUUCAAAUGAAAUAAAACCAUUACCAUUACUUUUGAAGGCUGUGCUCUUCAACUUUUCAUCUCCCAAUUCUCCUUUUUGCAUCUUCGAGCUCCACUUAGAACCUCCUUAAGAUCCACUACAGCCACGUGGACAUUCUUCACACGGACCAAGUGGUGUUAGCAUCUGCAUGAGAAGUGUAUCGUAAAAACAAAACAGAGUACAAUCAGCUUGGCAAAGCCCACAGUGAAGUUUAAGGAAGUUUGUGAUGUUUGUGUUUUGCAGUGAAAUCCUGCGUAUGAAUACAGGAAGUCAAAUGGAUUUUACCGCCAAACACGGCCAGGUGCUGCUUGAGCAGCUGAGGAAGAUGAGGGACGCCGGCCACCUGACGGACGUCGUGCUGGUCGCGGAAGGCGUCAGCUUCCCCUGUCACCGCCUGGUCCUGUCCGCCUUCAGCCCCUACUUCCGCGUUAUGUUCACAUGCGGCCUCCGAGAGUGCAGCAACAGAGAAGUGUUCCUGCGGGACACGCCGGCAGACAGCUUGGCUCUCCUCCUGAACUACAUGUACACCUCAGAACUUCCUCUGGACAACACCAACGUGCAAGGCAUCUCCAUCGCGGCUUUCCUUCUGCAGAUGGACGAGGUGUUCUCUCACUGCCAGCAGCACAUGAUGGAGAACAUGGACGCCUCCAACUGCCUCGGUGUCUUCUACUUCGCACGAGACCUCGGUGCUGAGGAACUGGCCGAUCACGCUCAGCGCUUCCUGAGGCAGCACUUUGUCCAAGUGUGCCAACAAGAAGAGGUCCUGGACCUGGAGGCCCAUCAGCUGGCCAGGUUGCUCAACUCAGAUGAUCUUAAUGUUUCAAGAGAAGAAACCAUCCUGGAUGUGGUUCUUCGCUGGGUCAAACACAGCUCCUCGAUGGAAGGAGAAGUACGAGUCAAGCACCUCCCAGAGCUCCUCAGGAAGGUUCGCUUGCCCUUGAUAAGCGCUGACUAUUUACGAGAGACGCUGAAGAGGAACGCGGCCUUGCUUGCUGACGCCGAAUGUCUGGAGAUGUUGAAUCAAGCCAUGGAGGCCGUCGCUAUGCAUCCCUCGGCGGCGCCCCGUAAACUGAAGCUGCGCUUCGGGAUGGAGACCACCGAUUUGCUGCUCUGCAUCGGCAACGACGGCGGCGGGAUUAGAUCCAGAUACGGCAACUACAGCGAGCGUAGUUUUUGUUUCGCACCGGCGACAAGCCGCGUUUAUUACAUCACGUCACCUCGAUACGGAGAAGCUCUCGGUUACGUAUGCGGCGGGGUUGUGACUGAAGACAACAACAUUAUCGUGUCAGGAGAAGCCGGCGCCCGAAGGAUGUCCCGACAAAAGGAGAUGAAUGUGGAGCUCUUCAGGUACAAAGUGGAGGCCCAAGGUAGUUGGGAGCACCUCACGUCUGCAGAGUACCGGGAUUCUUACGGUUUGGGUUCCCUGGGUGAUGCCCUGUACCUGCUGGGCGGGCUGAUGAAGCUGAAGAACCAGUUCCUCAUCACAAACCGCGUGGAGCGAUGGUCUCUGCAGGGAGGACCCUGGCGGAGUGCGGCACCUCUACCGCUUCCGUUGGCCUAUCACAGCGUGGUCACGCUCAAGGAUCGCCUUUAUGUGAUUGGUGGUAAAACCCCACAGACGUACCGAAUGGAUGACGAGCCAGACAGUUUAAGUAACCGCCUCCUGGAGUACGAUCCAAAUGUAAACAAGUGGACAGAACUGGGUCCGAUGAAGUACUCCAAGUACAGAUGCAGCGCCGUUGUACUCAACGGGGAAAUUUUUGUCUUAGGUAAGUUUUCACCACACAUGUCCACAACAACGUUUAUCGUUUUACGUUUUACAGGCGGUAUCGGGUGUGAGGGUGUGGACCGUGGGCAGUCCCGGCGCUGCCUUGACGUUGUAGAGGUCUACAAUGCAGACGGAGAUUUUUGGAGAGAGGGACCUCGUCUACCGUGCCCUCAACUGUCACUACGCACUAACGCGCCAAACGCCGGCGUGGUGGGAGGAAAGAUUUACGUGUGUGGAUACUACAAAGGAGCAGAUCGCCAUGACGACAUAACCAAAGACAUCUUGGAACUGGACCCAUGGGAGAACCGAUGGACGGUGGUUGCUCGGCGCGCUUUGAUGCAUGACAACUAUGACGUUUGCUUGGUGGCGAGUCUGAAUCCCAGGGGAUUGAUAUCUCCGCCUGCAGACCUGUUGCAGUAAACACCUCAAAACGCUUGGAUGUUGACAAUCAAGUCAUUUUGAUAGAGCACUUAUAGCCUAGCUUCAACGGGCAAAUGCAAUUUUUCCUAAGCAGCAUGAAACAUAGAGGAUUCAAUUGUACAGUAUUUAGUAGGGAAUUAUACAAAAACUGUAUAUAUACUCCCUUAUAAACAUCAACAGUGAAUCCGAUCAUUUGAAUCAACUUUAACCGGUAUCAAAUACAACAGUUUGCUAACUCUUUUUGUAACAAACAUGCACCUUAUCCAUUCUAUUGUAUUGUAUUACUGUUUGUCAUAACACAGGCAUGCCGCAAGAUGGCGCCAAAGUACCGUUUCCGGGUAUACUGUACCGUUGUGUUUUUCUUACACAUACAAUAUGUCUGUGUCCAGUACUUUAUGGA